UCCUCACACAAUUAUCCUCUUUCUCAGCUCCCAUAGAGAGCGAGAGAAAGAGAAAGAGGGCUUCGAAGUGAUGGAGCGUCUCCUACGAAUCCCUUCGAACCCUUCGCUUCCUACUUUCGUGCCUAUUGGGAGCUCCUCCUCCAUGGCUGGUGUUAGGGUUAGGAUUAGGGUUAGGGUUUGGGCACAGUCGUCGUCGUCGUCGUCGUCGUCGUCGUCUUCGUCGCUCGCUUCUUCACCCAAAAGAGCGGCAAUGGAACCCGAGACGCUUCUCCCGAACGCGCGGCGCCGGGAGCUCGACCCCCUCCGGGGCGGUGGCUUCAGCCUCGGCGUCGACCUCGGCGCCGCGCGCACCGGCCUCGCCCUCGGCAAAGGCUUCGCUCCUCCUCGCCCCCUCGCCGUAGUGGAGUUGCGGGGGGAGAAGCUCGAGCUAAGACUCAUUGAAAUUGCCCAAAAAGAGGAAGUUGAUGAGUUUAUUGUUGGGCUUCCUAAAUCACGCAGCAGGACGGAAACGCCGCAAUCGAACAAGGUUCGCAGCGUUGCGGGGAGGCUCGCAGUUCGCGCUGCCGAGAGAGGCUUGAGAGUAUAUCUACAAGACGAGCACGGAACAUCAAUGGAUGCCCUCGACUAUAUGAUUGAUAUGGGCCUCAAAAAAUCUGUUCGCCAAACAAAAUCUGAUGCCUAUGCUGCCGUGAUGGUGCUGGAGAGAUAUUUCUCAAUGUCAGGCCAUGGGGCUGAACUCGUCCUUCCAAAGAAUUUGGAAUUGCAGGAAAAACUGAGAGCACGGUCACAGCAAGAAACUGAAUAUUAUGAGGACAAUUUUCCUGACAAAGCAACAAAUUGAUCGCAGCAAAAUAUCGAGUACUGCAAUCUUUUUUCUUUCCUUUAUGUGCAUAUUACAUUUGUUUGCUUCAUUGAACUUAACAGUUUAACACUGAUUAUCGGUUAGUUCGAUUUCUUGUGAGAAUGAGCAAAUAGAUAUUAAGUGGUUGUAACUGAUUUGUGAUGACUAAAGUAUUUAUUAUUGUAACAGUAAUCAAUCAGUUUUUUCCAUUCCAUUGAACAAAUAAAGUAAGGAGCUUGUUUGUGGCUGGUUUA